AUGUGCUCGGUUGGCGAGACGCAGCCAAAUAGUAAUCUGGAUGAACACGAAGCCGGAGAAUUGGUGGAUGAAGCUGUCGUAGAGACGACGUUUCGCUGCGGAGCCCCGCAGGCAGAUGGAGCAGCAGCCGUGAAGCACGAGUUAACCUUGGAAUCUACUGCGUCCAGUCAGAGCCCUGUUAUCCUCGUUGAUCGCAAGAGUUUGGUUGAAUACGACUACGAAGACGGGGAAUUGCUGGAUGAUGCUGUCGUAGCGACAACAUUCAAUGACAAAGAACGAGGCGAAGUGAAGAAGGAGGACUCGGUCCAGGCUGAUGUUGCCGAGAAGGAUCGCCAGAAUUUGGAUGGACAUGAAGAAGGCGAAUUGGUGGAUGACGUUGUCGUAACGACCACUUUCAACGACAAAGAAGGAGGUGAAGUGCCGCUCCAGGUUGAAGCUGGACAACAGGAGCACGAGAAUCUGGACGAGCACGAGGACGGGGAAUUGGUAGAUGAUGCUGUCGUAGCAACCACUUUCAGCGACAAAGAAGGAGGUGAACUGCCGGUCCAGGCUGAAGCUGCAGAGAAGGAUCGCGAGGAUUUGGACGAACACGAAGACGGUGAACUGUUGGAUGACGUUGUCGUAGCGACGACUUUUGACGGAAAAGAAGACGGAGAAUUUAUGGAUUAUGCUGUCGUAGCGAAAACUUUCAACGACAAAGAAGGAGGCGAAAUGCCGGUUCAGGCUGAAGCUGCAGAGAAGGAUCACGAGAAUUCGGAUGGACACGAAGACGGAGAACUGAUGGAUGAUGUUGUCGUAGCGACGACUUUUAACGGCAAAGAAGACGGAGAAUUGAUGGAUGAUGCUGUCGUCGCCACGACUUUGGAUGCCAAAGAAGAUGGUGAUGAACAGGAUGAGGAUGAAGCAGAUGAAGAGGAGGAGCAUGAGCUAGCCUUGGAAUCCAUGGUGUCCUGUCAGAACCCGACUAUCGUCGUUGAUCCGAAGCUCUGCCAGCAAUGCCGAACGAAUGAAUUCAAGUACAAGUGCCCGAAGUGCACGUUCAAGUCAUGCUCGCUGGAUUGCUCCAAGCUCCACAAGGCUGAGAAGGAGUGUGAUGGUGUACGCAAGGCGUUUCCGGUGGUUAAUCGUCUCGGUGAUUACGAUGACAGGACGUCUAUCGACGAUCAGAAUUUCCAUCACCACAUCAGAGAGUCCUUGGGAAGCACGCCGAAGGGAUUUUCGAACAGAGAAGAGGCUCCUAACCAUCAUACUCCAAGCAUCCCGUUCCCACAAGUACUUCCGGAUGGCCGUCGGAUUACCCCCAGCAGUGGACAGGAGAAAUAUUUGCUCGACAACACUUGCCAUCGGCGAAUCUGGCUCAGCUUCCGCGACGAGGAUCGUGGCGUCGAAAAUUCGCGGCACGAGCAAUUUUCGGACACGAUUUUCUGGACGGUUGAUUUGAUUUUCCGGAAAAUGCUGCAAAACGGCGAAAUCUCCGAAUACAAGUAUCGCAUUCACCAAGUUCCCGAAACAAUCCGGGUGGUCACGGUUUUGAGGCAAUUCUUGAAGCCCCGCCCCUUCGGACCGCUCGUCUCAAAGAACGAUUUGGACCUCGAGAAGCUUGCCCCGUUCAUCAACGCCGGAGUUGAUCAUGUCAACGUUUUCAUGCCCGUGCCUGUGGUGGGAUACGAAAACAAGUAUUACCCCGUAGAAUCAGACGCGCCUGUACUGGAAAACACCCGCAACCGCUUCAUCAUCAAUCACCCAGUGUGGGUGAUCGUGCUCGAUGACGAGUUCGUCGACCUCGAGCUGCCCACACCCGAGGAUCUCGAGCGACUACAAGCCCGUAGCCAAAUGGAGCGCACCGCCUACCAACCAGCACACCGUGGCCGUGGCGGCGGAAUGAGAGGCCGAGGAAGAGGCCGUGGCGGACCGUCGAAUUAUCGUGGCGGCGGCUAUGGUCAUCAAUCAAGCCCGACAAAGUACGACCCAGCACAACCCUUCGUGCCUCGCCCAAGUGGAGAUGUGGAACGCGAAAAGAGACAGAGCGAUGGCUGGCAGCGCAACUUCCCGGCGAAGCGCUGUCGCAACGAACAAACGUAUGACCGCUACGACCGAGGUGACCGGCGCGGUGGACGUCCAAAUCGCGGCCGUGAUCGUUUUAUUCGGAAUCGUGAGGAUCGAGCUCCAUCGUUCGACCCGUUCAACCCGUUCGAUGGACCGUGUGCCCUGCCACUCGAUAGU